CUCUUUCUUGUACUUGAAGACCCCCACACACACACACAUGCAACAAGUCAGUGCAGCAUGUCGUCCUUGUGUGUGUCUGCACUUGCCCUCAUCCUCUUCAUCACAACCGGUUGUGAUGCCGAGGCGACCACGUCAUCCCCGGACUACGAGUACGAUGACAACUCCACACUACGAUACAGCUUCUUCAGUAACACAAGCAGCGAUGACUUGGACAACUUCCUGAAGGACAGGAAGCGCCUGCUGGACUCGCAAGAGGACGAGGACUUGGAGGAGCGGGAUGAAGAGGAUGUGGGCGUUACCACGGCAACAUGGCAAGCACACACAGAGAAGGGUGGAGUCUCGCUCGGCAACGCAGCUUCAUCCACCUCUAUCUGCCCGGGUGGGGUGAUGAUGAUGACGGUGGUGAUGAUGGUGGUCAUCAUGGAAACACACACGUGACACGGUACCACCCCUCCCACCCAACGACCUAUUUGUCAAAGUUGCCUUGCCUCUCUUGGAAUGAUGUGGCAUCGAAGCGCAUUUGAAGAAAAGAAACAAGCACCAAAUUUUUGCACUUGUGUCAAAAGUUGAUAUGCAUCCUUCCCUGCGCCAGUGUGUGUGCGCGCGCGUGUGUUUUGACAAACAAUAAAGUAAGUCUGACUUUGUUGUUUCCUA